GCAGCUCCACAUCUCCGAUGUCGCUUACCUACCCGGCCCCGCCACUCAGACCGUGCACUCUCCACUCUCCGUUCAAUCAACGGAGCCCGGAGCAGGAACGGGCAUUAACGGGAUUUUACUGCAUAACCCACAACCCAAAACGUGAAAGAUUAUCGAGAUAGCCUCAGGGGACCUGUGUGACUCAGAACCCGUCACCGUAUCACUUUGCAUUCACUCUCCCACCCACCCCACAGUUUCGCCUUGACGUCUAUUUAAGCCCAAGGCAAAUCUCUUCAUCGUCCCAACUUCAUACAUCCGAACUUGAAGAACUACAUUACGAAGCCUCACAACACCUCCAAAGAACCUAAGAAGAGACGAAAGCGAAAUCAACAAGCACCCAUCUCGCAACAUGGGCACUCCAUUCAUAACCCUCCUCGAACCGCACCCCCUAAAGGGGUACGACGCCCUCGCCCCGCCAACAGCGCAGCCGCCGUCCGUCCCCAAGACCUUCCUGGACGCCAUGACGGUGCGCCGCCAGGUCUUCGUGGACGAGCAGCGCGUGCCCAUGGAGAACGAGUUCGACGCCGACGACGCCCGCUCCUGCCACUGGGUCGCCUACGCGAGCGUCAACCGGACCAUCGAGCCCGAGGUGCGCGACCCCACCACCGGCGAGGUCGUGCGGCCCCGCCGCAGCGAGACCUCCACCGUGCCCGUCGGCACCAUCCGCCUCGUCCCCUUCCCCCACCCGCCCCACCCCGUCUCCGGCGGCGUCUACGCCGGCGGCGAGCUCGUCGGCCGCGACUCGGCGCAGUCAGCAUCCACCCCGGCCCCGGCCCCCGCCCUCGAGCGGCGGUCCUCACUGGCGCGGCCGUUCCGCAUGGACCGCAAGACGGAGAUGCACGACGGGCUGGAGCCGUACGUCAAGCUGGGCCGUCUGGCGGUGGUCAAGGAGUUCCGCGGCUACGGCAUCGGGCGGCUGCUGGUGCGGACGGCGCUGGCGUGGGCACGCGAGCGCCCGGCCUACUUCAUGCCGAGCGUCGCGACCGUGGGGCUGGAGCAGCUGGGCAUGGUGCGCAACGGCGCCGUCCCUAAGUGGGAGGGGCUCGUCUGCUGCCACGCCCAGGAGCAGGUCGCCGACGCGUGGGAGAAGCUGGGAUUCAAGAUCGACAAGGCGAUGGGCACCUGGGUCGAGGAGGGGAUUGCGCAUGUGGGCAUGUUCCAGCGGGUCGAUGUCAAGCAGACGGACGAUAGUUAA